AUGAUUGUUUUUCAGCGCCACAAUUACCUAUACAAUGAGCUGCUCGCUUUGGAGGACAAAUAUCCAAACAUAAAACUUGCCCAACAACGAUUUGCUUCAAUUUGGGGAGGCUCUAGUCUUUUGACAACCAUUUUGAGCUGCAUUCAAAAUGCCUUUAAUGUUCAGAAUUGGAACAACUGGGAUUUCAUCCUAAAUCUCAGUGAGACAGACUUUCCAAUUAAACCCAUUUCUGAUCUGGAACGGUACCUUUCACUCAACAAAGAAAAGAACUUUGUCAAGUCUCAUGGCAAAAACACCUACGACUUUGUGCACAUGCAAGCGGCUGAUAAAAUUUUUAUUGAAUGCGAAAACCACAUGUUUCGCAUUGGCAAUCGUCAGCUGAUUGAAGGCAUUGUCUGGGAUGGCGGCAGUGAUUGGUUUGUCCUCAGCCGUAACUUUUCGCACUACAUCACAAACACCGAUGAUGAGCUUUUGAGCAGUCUGAAAAGUUACUUUCGAUAUUCACUGCUUCCUGCUGAGGCAUUCUUUCACAUUGUUCUGAGAAACAGUGAGUUCUGCACGACCAUAGUGAACAAUAACCUGCGUGUGACCAACUGGAAUCGAAAGAAAGGUUGCAAGUGCCAGCACAAGUAUGUGGUCGAUUGGUGUGGCUGCUCGCCCAUAGCCUUCCGUCACACCGAUGUCUCUCGUUUACCGACAACUCAAUCAAAGCCAUUUUUCUUUGCGCGUAAAUUUGAGCACGUCGUCGAUUCGGAUAUCAUCGAUUUUGUUGAGCAAAGUUACCUGUUGAAUGGNCACGACCAUAGUGAACAAUAA